AUGGAACUGAACGGUGCUCUGUUAACGUUAGCGUUACACGACCGGCAGAAGCAGCUGGAGAAGGAAGCUGCGGAGAAAAGAGGAGAGGGGGUUACCGGAGGUAGAGACACGGAUGGGGAAGGAGGAGAGGUAGUGCCUAGCCAAGAUGAAGGAGGAGGAACCAAGGGAGGAUUGAAUCCGAGUCCGGGGAUUGAGAUUGGGCUGUGCUUCGUGGCAGGAGAAGGGCUCGGCAUAUGUGAGGUGAGAGCAUGUUUCCAUUCCGUUGCCUCUGCAUUCUCCUGCUUUUCCCAUCUCGUGCUGCAGGCGCUGCUGCAGGCGCUGCUGCAGGCGCUGCUGCAGGCGUUGCUGGAGCAAUGUGGGCAGGCGCGGGUGCCUGUGCGCGUGCACGUGGAGUGGGGACGGCAGCGAGAUGAGCUCUACUGA